UCUCUCCCCCUUUCCCUGACCUAGUCCCUCUCUCCCCCUUUCCCUGACCUAGUCCCUCUCUCCCCCUUUCCCUAACCAAGAUCCUGCUUCCUCCAGUCCUAACCUAGCCCCUCCUCCUGUCACCCCCCACCAUGAUGGAGUCAGGGGGUGUGUCCUCCUUGACAGAGGAGUGCCUUCUACAGGCAACACCUACCUGUCUUGGGUGCUUCAUAGAGCCCCGGGACCCCGCCCCUAUCCAUGACCACACAACCUCUGACCCUGACCCUGAGGUGGGGCUGGUAGGGCGCCAGGACUUCGAGGCCACUUCCUGCCCCAUCUCUGACAUCAGCAGCAUUAGUAUCCAGUGUCUGGGUCAGGCUGGCGAGGUUGUUGGGGUCGUAGGUCAGCUCCUUGGGGAGCAGCUCCUGUCAGAGCAGCUGCUCAGCUUCCCACUCAGCAAGCCCAGCCAAGCCCUCGUCUCAGCAGCUGACAAGAUGGGAGAUGAAGAGAAGGCCACAGGCCACAGCGACAACCUAGAGGACUCAACACCUAGCAACCUGUAUGAGGGCCUGUUAUUGGACAAGGUGAACGGGGACGAGGUGUUGCUAUUGGACAAAGUAAAUGGGGAGGAGGUGUUGCUAUUGGACAAGGUCAGUGGGGAAGAGGUCCUUCUGGCCAACGCUGGGCAGGACUGGGGUUACUUCGAGUCAUUUAUCAGCGAGAGCAAGAUGGAGCUUUUGGAUCUGUGUUCUAAGACAGACCUGUCAGUCAACUUGUUCUCUGAGGAUGAUGUGGACAACCUGUUUGAUGAUGAGGAUGAAGACUCCACCCUGAGCAGUGACGUGUGUUCCCUGAAGAUUCGCUACGAGUCCUUCCAGGACAACAUGAGAGAGAAAACCAAUGUCCUGCAGGAGGAGACGCAGUUCAACUUCUUCCCCUCUGUUCUGGUCAACUGUAACAAGAGGGAGGAUGGAGGAGAGAUGAGGAGACAGACAUCAGUGGAGGAUAAAGCUGAGGAGCUGAGCCUAGUGGUGGGACAAGAGAAGGUGAAGGAGGGUGAGGACGGGGGAGGCGUAAGCCCCCUAGAGAGGUCCCAGGUCUCCUCCCCUUCCCCCCUGUCCUCCCCCUCUGCCUCCUCGGUCAACUACCUGAUGGAGUUCAGUAAUUCUGCUGAGGAUGAUGGGGAGUACAGCGACACCUCCUCCUGCACUUCCUCAGACACGCUGCAGGAUACAGAGCCAGGGGGAGGAGGAGGCGCAUCCCGUGGUCCCAGGAGACUCCUCCCACCAAGCCCUCUGAACUACGGCCUGCGCUCCAAGAGGAAGGUCCGCUACAGCGACGACUAUUUAUAUGACGUUGACUCCAUUGACAGCAAUGAGAGAGGAGCGAACGAGAAGAGCGAAAAAACACAGACGAAGAAGAAAGAGAAGGUUCUGGCAGGUCAGAGGGAGAAGGAGGAGGAUGUGGACUGGUGCCCAAAGAAGAGACGGAAAUCCUCCCGGAAGGAGCCAGCACCUGUGGUCAUCAAAUACAUCAUCAUCAACCGAUUUAAAGGUGAGAGGCGCAUGGCAGUGAAGCUGGGCCGGCUGGACCCCACCGGAGACGUUGCUGUGAAUCUGGAUGCCGACGCAGAAAGGCGCUACUCCUCUCUCUCUCCAUUGAAGGACUUCUGGAGGAGGAGGAGGAGGGAGAGAGAGGAGGCUGCUGGAGACAAGCGACAGCGUCACCGGCCCUUUAGCCCCAAGCGGAAAUACAAGACAGCAAACAGGCUUCGUGUUCAGAGGGUCCAAAACAGUUCUGUCUCCGCCUCUGUCUCCGCCUCUGUCUCCGCCUCUGUCUCUGCCUCUGUCUCCGCCUCUGUCUCCGCCUCUACGCAGGCUCUUACUUCAGAAGAGGGGGUGGACUCUUUAGGGGGAGGAGGAACAGCCACAUCAGAUCCUCAGCACCACACUACCAAGAGGAGCCGCACCCAGGAGAGAGAAGAGAGGGAGGGGAGGAGGACGGGAGAAGGAAAAACGGGGAGGAUCAGGAAGUUCAAAAGUGAAGCCAGGCUAAGGAGUAGCAAGGUAAUGGAGGGAGUCACAGCAGAGGGAGGGGGAGGAGGAGAGGGAGGGGGAAUCGGGAGGAAUGGACCAAUGCAGGUCUGUCCGGCUGCAGGAGUGUUGUUGGUAACCAAAUCGGAGCCAGCUGGUGGCGUGGGAGGGGCUGAACUCAGCUCCUCAGGCAGCCCUUCUUUCUCCCCACUGGAUCACACCAACCAGCACACAUUCACUUUCACCUCUCCACCUUCCGGCUCCUCUGAAAAAGCCUCUGGGGGGGUGGAGAGGGAGGGCGUAUCUGUGAUCCAAGGGGGGUAUCUGCAGACCCUGUUGGAUGCCUCUGACUCCUCUGGGGGGGCAGGUAUCCACUACUAUCCUCAGCCAGCCUCCAGUCAGUCCUACCCACUGGUCCUGCCUCUGGAGGACAAGCAGUUUGCCCCCCUGCAGCUGCCCCAAAGCUGCGUACUCUCUCCACCCUCCGAGUCGGAGCUCCAACAGUCCCCCCAAAACCACCCCAGCUUCCCCAACUCCCUGUGGCAUCACCAGGCCCCAGUCCGCCCCAACAACCAGAGGGGCUUUGGCUCCGGGCCAACAGACACCACAGAAACCCCUCUGCUUCCCUGUGGGUUCACUGGGACACUGCCCCUGGCUGGGGGCUUGUCCGGGUCAGACUACAGCCAGCUGGAGUCCGACACCAACAGGUUGAUGUACGACAAGAGCUAUCUGGCUGAGGGGGCGGGCCUGGGGCUUCAGCCGGAGUUGGGGGUGGAGCUACAGCAGCUCCAGGUGUGUGAGCCAGGUGGUGGUGUGGGGGAGGGGCAGGAGGGGCGGUACCAGCGAGGCUCGCUCUGCUCGGACCACGGACGACUCAUCAGCUACGACUCGGUGGGCUCCCUGUCUGCCUGCUCCUCAAACUACAGCUCCCUGAGUCUCCAGUCCUGCAGUGGGGGCGGAGGGGAGCAGCGUGAGGGAGGGGGUGAGACAGAGGAGGGCAGGGACAGCUACCUGCAGCACUGCAGCCCCACUGUGGUGUUCCAGCAGAGGCUGGAGAGCAUGGACCACCCCCUCACUCCUCUCAGAGAGUCCUCCGACCUCCUGGACAUCUCCAAUUUCACCCCAGACAAGUUCAGACACUCCUCCCUGUCUGAGAUGUCACCUCCAGAGACCCCCAACCUUUCCCCCGAGGUGACGGCGGGGGGCCGCGAGGCCUUGACGGGAGGGGCCAAGGCCCCGGAGUACCAGGAUCAUGUGACAGGAUGUGAAGUUAGCAGGGAGGUGAAGUGGAACUGUGACGUCAUGCAGCAGGCAGGGCAGCCGGGGUCAGGGGGUGUGGGGUACGGAGGGGAGGGAGGGCUGUUCCAGACACACCCCUCCUUCAACAGAGGGGGCGGGCAGGACCAGCAGACCCAGGAGGACGGGGAGGCAGGGAAAAACACACGUUCCAAAAGGAAAGGAGGUUCUAAGCAGGAGGCCGCGGGGGGGCAGGCUCCUAAGAAAGGCCGCGCCCCCAGGGCUGCCAAGACCGAGAAGGUGAAGACACCUCGACAGAGCCGCUCCUCCAAGAAGAUCAAAGCUAUGCUGGAGGGGAAGGCAGCCAAGGGCCAGGUGGGAGGGAACCUACAGCCUCACAGCAACGGGGGCACAGGGGACUGGUCUGGCAGUGGCACCGGGGACUGGUCAGAGACCAACAACAGCCUGGGGGGAGGGGAUGAACAGCGGGAGUUUGGGGAACCGUCCAAUAUCCUGUCCAACAUUGUGUCCGGCAUGGCGGAGGUCCAGAGGUUCAUGAUGGCGUCUAUUGAGCCGUUGUGGGACCCGCUGGAGGCUGGCCUGCCCCCUGAUGCCAACAGCCUCAAUAUGAAGACCCUGCAGAUUCUCCAGGGCCCCGACCCACCUGACGGGAGGGGAGGGAAGAAAGCAGGUGGGGCGGGGCGGGGCAGGAAGGCUGGGGGCAAGGGGGGCAAGAACCAGGCCAAGUUCAACCCCUCCCAUCCCAUCUUCCCCCAGCUGGCCCUGGGCUGCAACAUGUUUGACAAACCCAACUUUAUUAACCCCGGCCCUGCGCACAAAAAGCUGUACCGCCACAAGACCAGUGCCAAGUUCCCCCGCAUGGAAACCGUGAAGGCUAAGAGAAACAAGGACCUGGCUGUCAUAGCCUCUUCUGAGAAACUGAGGCAGAAUAUGGCUGUCUGGUUGUCGCUGUCCUUCAUACACUGCCUGGCUCAGUUCAAGAGGGAAACCUACAGCCCCCAUAACACCCCUCUCUCUUUUGAGCCCCACCCUCUGUAUUACCCCAGGACAUCUCUAACACAGGAUGGGACCAUUUUGUAUCAAUGACAAUAAUGACAUAUCAAUUACAUAACAUUUUGUCUUAAAUUUCUUCUUAUUGUUGGAAUGAACUUGUUAUUCUCUGGUUCUCUAUUGUUCUGUUGUGAAGAGGAACUGGUCGUCCUGAAGAAGAGACAUUUCUAUGCCUUGCAUAUUCACAGUGCUUCACUACCAGAGUAUUUUUGUCUCUGUUGUUGUACAGCUUCAUGAUGCACUACCUGCAGAACAAGGAUCAUUGUUAUAAUCUUCUAAAUCAAUGUGCCAAAAGUUAUAGAUGCUGUGGAAAGAUGACCUCUAAUAUUUGUGAAUACUGACUAUUUUAUUUUUAUUCAUUGUAAUAUCAGUUGCUCAUGUUGGCUGCCUCUAUCUCCUCAUCUCAUCUCUGCUCCUUUCCUCUGCGCUCCUUUCCUCUCUGCUCCUUUCCUCUCUGCUCUCCUCCUUUACCUCUGAGGGGUGGCUCCUGGAGCAGACACUGGUCCACAGCCACUUAAUACUAAAACCAAAUUACAAACUCUUUAAGCUCUUCUUCUUCUGUACCCUCAUUUACAACACAGCCUGGCACUGAGAGGCAGAGAUGGAGAGAGAGACUGGGAAAGAUGGAGGUAGAGGCAGAGACAUAGUGAGAUGGAAAGAGAGGCAGAAAGAUGGAGGUAGAGGCAGCGAGUGAUGGAAGACAGAGACAGAGAGAUGGAGAGACAGAGAGAUGGAGAUAGAGGCAGAGUGAGAUGGAGAGACAGAGAAAGAGGGGAAAGGAGGAGGCAGGGUGAAGACUGAGAGACAGGUGUUUAGAGAACUACAGCCAUCCGUCAAUAUAGAAACAUGAAAUGGUCAGGAUUUAAAUAGAGGUGUGAGGUUAAAGGGGUUAUAUCUGGGAGCAGCAUUUUCAACAACUCGUUAUUUUAACAUUAUGCCAUCUCUGUUCAACAUUCUCUGUCAAAACAAUGAUAAACCCUGGUUCCAUUCUCUGUCAAAACUAACUAAACUCAGUUUCCAUUCUCUGUCAAAACUAAACCCUGGUUCCAUUCUCUGUCAAAACUAACUAAACCCCGGUUCCAUUCUCUGUCAAAACCUACUAAACCCCAGUUCCAUUCUCUGUCAAAACUAACUAAACCCCAGUUCCAUUCUCUGUCAAAACUAACUAAACCCCAGUUCCAUUCUCUGUCAAAACGAACUAAACCCCAGUUCCAUUCUCUGUCAAAACUAACUAAACCCCAGUUCCAUUCUCUGUCAAAACUAACAAAACCCCGGUUACAGUCUCUGUCAAAACUAACUAAACCCUGGUUCCAGUCUCUGUUAAAACUAACUAAACCCUGUUUCCAUUCUCUGUCAAAACUAACUAAACCCCAGUUACAUUCUCAGUCAAAACUAACUAAACCCCAGUUCCAUUCUCUGUCAAAACUAACUAAACCCUGGUUACAGUCUCUGUCAAAACUAACUAAACCCUGGUUCCAGUCUCUGUUAAAACUAACUAAACCCUGUUUCCAUUCUCUGUCAAAACUAACUAAACCCCAGUUCCAUUCUCUGUCAAAACUAACUAGACCCCGGUUACAGUUUCUGUCAAAACGAACUAGACCACGGUUCUAUUCUCUGUCAAAACGAACUAAACCCUGGUUCCAUUCUCUGACAAAACUAACUAAACUCCGGUUCCAUUCUCUGACAAAACUAACUAAACCCUGGUUCCUUAUGCCUGUAACUCAAUUAGAGUUUUUUUUUAUAUAUAUAUAUGUUUGCCUUGUGGCUUUUUUUUAAGCCAAAAAGCUUCUGUUUUGAAUAUGAGGUUUUCAUUGGACGGCGAUUCUGUUUACUUUGAUAGGUUCUGGUUGCAUGUUGUUUGUUUCUAACAUAUGAGUCCUUCACUUGGCUGUUAGUUGGGUAUCACUCCUUUCAUUGGGAUCUCGUUAUCAGAAUGGAUGUUUUUUAAGUGAACGACAUCUCACUCUCUCUCCCUCUCUCUCUCUCUCUCUCCCUCCCUCUCAUUGCGGUUGUGUCCCAAAUGACACGCAGCCAUUCCCUAAGAUGCACAGUCCUUCUGACCAAAGCCUCUGAGAAACAAGGUAGUACAGGAGAUAGGGACACAGGGGCCAUUUGGGACCCAAGGCUCUGUUCCUCUGGACCUUUCAGACUAAUCACCUUCUCUACUGAGCCAUCUGACACCAUUACACCUUGUUGGUAAAGAACAUUCAGAAAUCACUCUCAAAAAUGGAACCCUGCUCGUAUUUAUAUCUAAUUGGUUAAAAUAUCUGGAAAGCAGAAAUGAACAUGUCCCACUUUUUCUAAUCAUCAUCAUCAUCAUGUCUGUUGACGAUGGGUUUCAGUAUAAAUGUACCACAUCAAGCUGCUCCUGACAGACCCACACUGUACAUGACAAGCCAGUAAAAAACACAUACAGAGACCGAUGGAAAGAACACGGUCAAUUCUGUGUGAAUUCCUUUCAGAAAAUUGUAAAUGUUCCUCAGUGAAAAGGGUUGAAGACAAAACUGGAAUUUAAGUUCAAUUAUCACAAUCCAACUCAGGUGGUGACAACUACAGCAAAACGUGACUAAACAAAUGACCAUGUACAUGAUGUCAUCAUUUAUCCAGUUGAAUACGUAAAGUUAUACGAUAGCAAGAUAGAAGCCACAGUCUAGGAUGUGUGGGGUUUCUGUCCACUGCAGAACAAUGUGAUGGAAGUACUGGAAGAUUACGUAUUUAGCGCUCCCUUCGUUUGGUUCUGUGAUUUUAUGUUUCCUUAUAAACCACAAACCUUUAUGUCGGUCAACUUAAGGACCUGAUAAACAAGAUGGAAUUCAAUUAACACACAUCAUUGAAUGUGUUUGAUAGGAGCUGUUUUAAGACUAUGGUACUAAUGAGCUGAAGGUAUCUGUCAUGAAAUACUGCCAUAAUGCUUGAUCACAGGAUCUAUCUGAUUGAUAAAUCAGCACAGUCUUUACUUCAUAUGCUGCAGGAAACUUUGUCAAGCAUCUGUCUUUGUCUGUCUCUCACUUUGUAUCUCUAUCUGUCUUGCCUUUGUUUAUUUUCUCCAUCACGCCAGGUAAUCAUGUGAUAUGACUGCACAUUGAGCCGUGAGGCCGGUCGUUUUGUUGGCCUUUUCUCAUUCUGCCUCUGUCUAACUGAAUGUAACUUCUGCUGUUUCUUUGGUUUUAAACGUACCACUGUUGAGCAGCCUCAUCUCAAGGUGCUAUGAAAGAUGAAGAUUAUCGUUUUGGUUUUUGAUUUGUUUACUUCCAGAGAUGACAAAAAAGAAAUGCAAACUAGACUAGCUGAACCUGAUCCUCUUUAUGAAUGUAUAUUAUAUUGUUAUUAUUAUGUUCUGUUUGAUGUAUUCUUUCUUUAAAGACAUUUGAUCGGUAUUUUACUUUGUUGUCUUUGUGUUGACAGAAUAUGGAGCUUUAUAUAAUGAUACGAAGAUACUGUCUAGAGUUGUUACCAGAAGGAAUCUUAAUGGACUCUUGACACGCCAAAAUCUUGUAUAUUUUUUGUGUGCCAAUUUGUAACAUAUUUUGUAAGUGUAUAUUUUUCUUAGAAAGUGCUGUGAUGUGUCUGUGUGUUUGAGUAACCCUAACCUGUGCUGGGAGGGCAGUGGAAAGGAAGUACGAUGACAAACUUCUGGGUGUAGAAACCCAACAAUGAAAGUAACGACAGGAAAAUAUUCAACAUUUUGAUGGGAGUUUUGUAAUGAGAUCUUGAUCUUGUUGUGAGAGUAUUGUGUUAUUGUGCAAAACACAAAUAAUCAAAGAAAAAAUGAAAAUCUGGGAAAAAUAUUCAAAAUUUGUGAAGAAUUUGCUGUUUUAUAGAAUUUCAUGUAAAUUCUUUGAGUAUUAUUUUGUUUUUAUGUUGUAACUGUUGCAAAGGUUUUAAAUAUUUGUGAUCAAGCCUGUAUGGUGACAAUGUAUUAUUGGUAUCUUGAUGAGUUUUGUAAUAAUGUUUAUGGAGUAAAUAUACAAAUUAAAAGAAGAUUUU